CAAAAUAUUUCGGAAAAAACACAAAUUUUCUGGACGGUUUUUCAACGAAUUACGAUUAAUGUCUUAGACAGAAUCUGCAACUUGUUAAAAGGUACAGUUUCUUAGCUUAAAAAUGUCACAUAAAUUGGGUAAAAUUAAGCAGUUAAUAUUGUAUUUUCUAGCAACAAGUUAACAACUGAACAACGCAGUCAUAGUAUAUUUUACUAUAAAAUUGACAGUCCGUUAAUUUGUUGGAAUAGCUCGAUUCCAAGGCCUAUAUAAUGCAAGUGGUUUGCAUUACGUUUUGACAAAAUGUACAGUUUUGAGUUAUUUCAGUAUUUUAAGGGGUACAUAUUGCUACAAAGAAUUGAAUACUGUAUGCUUGAGUUUGGGACACUAAUUGUUUGUUGACAGUGAGAUUUGAAGAUAAAUUUGGGGUGUUAAUGGAUUGUUAAUAAUAUAUCGGUUAUGCCUUGGAAUCUGUGUGUCCCGGGUUGUUAUGUACAUGGUAUCACAACAUUGUAUUCAAUAUUGUUGUACAUAACUGUAGAGUAUGUAAUGUCUGAUCAUCACCUCUGGAUCAAGGAUGCAGGUGGAAUGCAGAGGUGUAGCCACAGGGGGGGGGGAUGGGGGACAGACCUACCCCCCACUUUUCUUCAGGACCAAUUUUGUAAUUCUUUCAAAUCUGAAGAGAAUCUGGGGGGUGGGGUGUAACCUACUAAGGCGUAAAAAAACCCUGUGGUUCCGGUUCCCAACCGACCCUAUUUUUUUCCGCCAACCCUAUUAUUUUUUCAACGCAAUUGACCGUGCGACCCUAUUUUCUCCAGGAGGUUGCGGGCUGCUCAUACAGCGUGCCAAAAUGGCGUCUGUUAUCACACUAAUUAUUGAACCAAAUUCACAGAUCAAUGACCAAAUUGCCUAAAUUCGUCCAUAGGAAAUAUGCAUCUCUAGUUAAUAUUGAUGUCGGGACUACUGCAAAUCGCCCAACGAAAACCCGCCAAAACCAUGAAAAAACUAUUGAAAAAAAAAUUAUUUCCGACCUACCAACCCUAAUUUUUUCACGAUAUGAAACCGCGGAACCCCGUGCUGUAGCCAGAACAAUAAUUGGGGGGGGGGGCACAUAUUCAUAUAUUCGUGUUCUGCUUUAUUAAUUUCUUUUGAAAUCAAUUGUUUUUAUGGUAUGUGAACACGAAUAUAUGAAUAUGUGCCCCCCCCCAAUUUUUUUUACGCCUAAUGCUGCUUUGACAUUAUCAUAAAAUGUGUUUAAAAUGCAUGAAAUUGCAUCAUCUCACAGACCUUAAAAUUGUUGCAGACUUUAAAAGCGGCCUCUGGCCAGCCAGACAAUCCACUCACUUGGGGCUGGCUACGUCCUUCGUACCAUGCUCUGUCAAUGUGUCCUCUGACUUAUAAUGGUGUCUGCACUGAGAAUGUAUGUGUCAUUUCACAUUUUCACUUAACAUUUCACAGGACUAAUUUGUUAUUUACUCUGGAUUAUUUGUCCAUAUUAUGCUGACUGAUAAAUUAGGAUACUCGUGCUUCAAAAAUCUUCACUUUCUUCCAUAUCCAUUGAUGAUUGUUUCUUUUCCCUUUACAGGUGAACACAUGUAAUUAGAUGAAUAAGAAUGAACAAGUGCAGUGUUUCAAUUCAUAACCCUCAUCCAUUUUCAAACAUUUUAUUUUACACCUUGAAUUUUAUUUGACCACAAUGGCAGAAAAAUAUGCACCAAAUCCUAAAGACAGUUUAGCAGAAAGUAAAGUGCUAGCUCAGAAUGCAAUGGAAGUUUCAAACCCUUUAGUCGAGGCAAGAAAAAGUUGUAUCAAUCCCUCACAGAACGCAAAGAGAAACAAAUCGAAUAGCAGUUCAAGUGUUGGGAAAAAACCUAAGUUAUCAACUGAAGCCCCAGUCCAAUCUGUGAAACGGAAAACCAAAACACAACAAGAUAUCUCGCCGAAGAAACCAAACAUUGGGACUAACGAACCUUCUAAAACUCAAAGCUUACCUACCAAAAAGGCUUCAACUUCAAUGCAGUCUAAAGAUUUAAGUAUGAAUCAAGGGAACUUAAGACCAAACAUUCGCAAACAAACCAAGAGGACCAGACCUCUUUCAACAGAGAUUUCACUCUCGUCUACCUCGCCAGCAGUUUUACGGAACCAGGCAGGAAAAAUGGCAAAAGUGAAAGGUAGCAGCUUGCGGCAUAGUUGGCACGGCAUGCCCUCAGGUUUAAGGUCUACUCACGGGAGUGUUGACCCUAGACGCACUCCACAAAGACAGCAAAAAGCAAAGUUUGUGCGGAAAGGUAAAUCGGUCAGAGUUUGUUUUGAACUGGGUUUUUGAUGAAAUUGUUCAACCAAUGGACCUAUUCCCUAAUGAACAAAAUUUUGAUCUAGACAAGUCUAGACAAAAAUUUCAUCACAGCUUGAAAGAGCAUCACAAAAUUAGUAAUAUUCCGAAGUUUCGUUUCGAAAUGUUGUAAAAUGUGGAUAAUAUAGCACUGUGAAGUUUGCCGUUUUUCAGUCAUUUUGUAUUACGCACGGGAAAUUGGGACCGCUUUCUGAAAAGUUUUCUGAUGGGAAAUUUGUACUCACAUCUUUGAAAUGUAUUUUUUAAAUCACCUAGGUCUGAUCUAUAUAUUUUUUCACAUUAAGGCGUUGCCAAAACCUUACGUGAUUAUGAAGACGAAGAUUUUCAUUCUGAGGUAGUUAAAUUUUUUGCUAAAUUAUCAUGAUAUUUGGGAGAACUAUGUUUUAGAAUUUCAAUUUUAGAAUUUCAAUUUUCUAAGUCCAUGUGAGAUAAUUGAGAUUUCUAUCAACAUUCUUUGUUAAAAGUUUUUCUGAGAUGAGGUUACGUAACCAACUAUAGCUACAAACUGAUCCUGGUCAUUCGUGAAUGUUUUUCCAAAUUGCACUUGAAACGUCAAACCAUACUAUUACGUAUUCUUCUUGAUUGGACAGACAGAUUUUAACAAGCCCCUAUUGUUCUUGCAUAAUUUAGUGCAUAAACCCUUUUAUUUAAUCAGACUGAGUAUAUCAUAAUUAUUUUAUUACAAAACGUAGUAAAUUCUAUCAACACUGAUUAAAUCGAAUAUUUUGCAUAACUUUGUGCAAUUAUCAGCCACUAGAUUAUAUCCUGUGGUCGUGCUUUUCAACACGUUUUGACAAUGGGUCUAAUAGAUGUCGUCACAUCUGCUUCGCCCUUGGUGGUGGCAAAUAAGUACAUGUAGUUUUAUUUUCUCGUUUUUCAAGUCCGUAAAUCGUUACGUAAACAUUAAGUUCAUUUUUCUCACCAAUGCAUGGUCAUUCAGACAUUCAUGUUUUUAAGAUUAUUGAAGAUUCAGAAUACCAUCGUUUUUAUGAAGACGAAUCGCACCAGCUAUACGUACCAUUUCCGUGUUGUAUAAGAUAUACAACCACUCGCCUUUGGCCCGUGUUUAUAUAUCUUAUACAACAUGGUCGCUCAUGUUGUAUAUUUAGCUAUACAUAUGACAACUAUAGCCUCAAUUAUUGGCAAACACAGACCAGAUUAAGAAUAUGAUGGAUUACCAAUAUGUAUUUUUCAAAGCUAGCUUCUUCGGAUAUUUCCAAAUCUUGUGUAUGUUAAUUCGUUCAGAGGUUGUUAAAGAAAAAAACGCUUGUAUAAGUUUUAUGCAAUCACAUUCGAUGAGUAACAACCUAAUUAAGGCGAAGGUAUUGAAGCGUUAUGUAAAAACUGUAAUGUGAUAUGAUGAAAUUUCAUAUAUGACUACUAUUAUAAUUGCAUUUUCUGUACCACGAGCUAAAAUAUGUCACCUUGUGUAUAAAACGUAAAAUAUACGAGCCGAUAUGCCUUUUCAUGGAACGUAGCAACAGGGUUGUUUCACAAUGAUUAGGCCGGGAAGUUUGGUUUCAUAAAUUGAAGUUUAUUGAAGGUAAAUAAAACAGGAUUCCUUUAUGUUGUGUUUAUUGCUUGAGAACUUACAAGAAUUGGGCUGGUUAUCAAGGCUAAAAUGUACUUGUAAUUUUAGGGAGCUAUUGCUCUGUUAUAAUUGGGGUUUUUUGUGCAAUUUGUUGUCGUCUAAGCGCUGGUCACUUGCUGUUAGUUGUAGACUAUGACACUAUGUUAUGUAUCUUAGUAUGUAUGCAUGCCGCUUAGCCUUGGGCUGUAUAUGUUUUUAUACGUAAAAAGCGCAAACUUUUACACAGAUUAAAUCUUCAAUCAAACCAUCGGACAUCCUGAAGUGAGAUCGGAAAUAUCAAAAUGUAAUUAGUGUACAUUUGUUUGCCAGUCACGCAAGAUUAAAGAAACGCGUUUUAUUUAUUGCUAUUUAAUAGUUAUGUAUACAUAUCAGUUUACUGAUAAUAUAAAUUGUCGCCCAAACAAUGCCGUUCUCAAAAAUAAUCCUUUCUGGUUUUACUGCGGUUUUCGUCUAGUCCCAGAUUGACUCGAGGUUGGUUGCUCAGAUAUACACGUAAAAACGCACAAGUUGUAACAAACCUGUAGCAGACUUGUAGCAGUGCUGUUCCAACAACUUGUCAACAGGAUGUGUUCGCACUGCUUGUUCCCAGCUUGUUGACAAGUUGUCAACGGCUUGUUGACAACUUGCCACAAGGUUGUUGAGCUCAACAGACUUGUUACAAGUUGUUCCAACAACUUGUUAUCAUCCUGCAAUUCACCAAUUUGUUAACAAGUUGUGGGUGACAAUCUUAUAGCAACUUGAUAAAAUAACAGCAUUGUUACACGUUGUUGACAAGCUUGCUAACGAACACAUCUUGUAGUGACAAGUUGUGAGAUUUUUACGUCUCUACUUGUCCUUUAUCCUUCUUUGUCCGGUUGUCACUUGUUAUAUAAUAUCACACCUACUAUCACAUUCCAAGAACACUCUGGUUCACCUAAAAUAACACUAUUUCGGUUAACGUAAUAUUUGUGGUUAAAUCAGUUCGCUGGUUUUUAACCUUUUUCUACUAUAGUCUGGUUAUAUUUGACCAGGACAUCCUGGUUAUUUUACCUAGGACGUCCUGGUCAAGUUAACCAGACUAUCCUAGGUGGAUUAAUAACCAUGGCCUCUGGUUAUAUAUCCACCUUACCUAGUCUGGUUAUUUUACCUAGGACGUCCUGGUCAAGUUAACCAGACUAUGCCAGGUGGAUUAAUAACCAGGGCCCCUGGUUAUAUAUCCACCUUACCUAGUCUGGUUAUUUUACCAAGGAAGUUUUACUAUGGUAGGAAGUGAUACGAUUACAUUAACCAGACUAUGGUAGGAAGUGAUAUAUAUAAAAUAACUAGGAAAUUUAACCAGGAAAUUUUAACCAGAGUGUUCUUGGGGUGCAUAUAUACAUUCCUGGCCUAACCUCGUCCCCCGUCCCCAUUGAUCUCCAUAAAAUUUCUGACAGGCUCUCCUUCAUCUCCUCUUAAUAUGUGUCCAUUCCAUCUCUGCCUUGCUCAAUCUCUUACCUUCUCUGCCGACGAGGGCCUUCGCUCGAAACAUCGAAAUUCUGCUUAUAUUUUUCAGGUAAUAGUGUAUCCUUUGCACCACAGCUUUCUGUUUUCGUAUCUACAUACACUGGUACCGACCAUUCGCGAUUCUACCACUCCACCAUUCUUCUGAAACUACUGCAACUUCGUGUGAAACAUUGUACACUUCACCCUAGCUUACUUACACAGGACCACAUGAACACAACUCUUAAAUUUAUGCAUCAACUGUAAAUGAAUGUAAAUCUAUAUGCUGUACUUCAUUAAUUAAUGAAGAUGUUUUGCAGCAAAUUGUUGAAUAACAAUCACAGCAUGAAAAUGCCAACUUGUAAAUUUCUCUUAUGUCACGCGCUAGGCAUUUUAUAGGAUUAUAUUUCGUAUCAUGGAUAUGGUUUAACAGACAAUACUGAGACUAAUAUAACAUUUGUUUCAAUUUACCGUACAGGAUGAAACUGAAAUUUUGGAUUUGUUUCCCAACGAAACACGAAUACUGUUUGAUGGAUUGACUCUGUGGUUAGAAAUGGCCGAGAAGCGUUUGGAUUUGAUGGAACGUGAUUUCGACGAAGGCAGUACAUCAGACGAUGAACGGUUAGUUCAACGAACGAAGGUAAGAAAAUAUAAAGGUACAGUAAAUAUAUAUGGUACACAUUCUUUGCAAUCAAACAGAGAUUAUAGUUAUAGGAUAUAAAAGAUCAUGGACAAGGUCUGGCUAGAAUUUUAUCCGAAACCUAAGUCGGUUGUACUUAGACCGGACAGCGCUAUCCACCGAUUUCAACCGUUCUCAAAUUAAACGUUGAAUAAUAAUAAUAAUAAUAAUAAUGCAAUUUAUUUUUAUUGGGUGCAGAAGUAAUUACAAAGUAAUUUUCGUCCAGGCCCAACAUUUUGAAACUAUUUAUAUAUACUGUACAUGGACAUCACACACAAUAAUAUAUAUCUCGGACUAUAGUCUUGACAUCAUAAAGAACUACCUAUUCUAUUGAAUAGUAUAAACAUACAAGAUUAAAGUUUUAGUAACUGUAAAUUAAAAGGUUUUAUAUUUACUAUAUGAGGUCCAUAUAUGUAGUUUCACAGUUUUUUAGGCAUUUUUACGAAGGUUGAAAAAAUCACUACUAGCGCAAUCCCGCCUCAAUUCCUCGUUCGAGCGAAAGCCCUUUCUAUUCCUGUACGAGAGUGUCACUAGGUGCACUUUUCAAGUACUUUUUCAUGCUUGGGCAAUGUACGUUGACAGUCGUCAUUCUAUUCCGUAAAGAAAUCUCUAAAACCCACAUCCUUUUCUGUAAAAUGCUGGCAUUAAUUGGAGAAAAUUGCGUGGCAGUUUAGCAUUUGUUCUUUAUCAAGCCGUUAUGAUCCCAUCGUACAUGCAGUGUUAUACAGUAAGCUACAAUCAUUGGUAAGUUCGAGGCGCUAACAGGAGAAGGUUUAUUACUUUUCUUAUUUAUUAAAUUAUCACAGAUAUCACGAUAUAUGCACUUGUCGAAUUAUGAGCAACAAUAACAUACCAAAGCCAAACUCAAAGUGUUAAAUCUUGAAUUAUAUACGUGUGAAUUUUUUAUCCAUUGUGGUCAGCCAUAAGCCACAAGGUUGAUUUCUAAUAAAGAUCUGAAUAUCGCUAGUUCCCAGGUUCUGCCCUGAAUUCACGAAGCGAAACCAAACGUAACAUUGGUACAUUGUUACAUUUUUACAUUGUUACAAGAUUAAAUGAAACAAUAGCAAUUUCUGCCAUUUUGAUAUUUUUUGUAUAAUUUGAGGAAUUCUGGAGUCAAAUUAAACUUACUCAAGCCAUGACGCACUAAUUUCCUAAAAAGAAGCCCGAGUUAUAGUGGGGCACGAUCGCGAUUGUGGAAUAGUUUACCGCAAGAUAGAAGCAUGAUUUCACUACUUUGCCAAUUUAAGAAGGCUACAAAUGACUAUUGUAAUAAUUUUAGCGUUAUACAUAGUAACGCAGAUUCCCACACGGCAAUCUUGUAAACCAGUUAAUGUUUUUCUUUUUGUAAAAUAGCUUAUUCUGAAGGUUUUACCGUGGCUAAAUAAAAUUUUAUUUCAUUGUAUUGUAUUGUAUUGCAAAGAUGGAAGGCACUUGCACAACUAACGAUUCAGGAAUGCAAAACUAUAGUGAAUAUGCAUGAGGUCCAUAAAGGGUUUAAUAGCGAUUAGAUUAAUCCAUGUGUCUGUCAAAUUUCGUUAUGAAUUUCGGCGAAAGUCUUUUACGUAUAAGACAUUUUAUUAUGUGAGCUGUUUACGAAAGUCUAGUUCACUAAAAGCUGGAUUUCUGCUGUGAUGUGGAGCAAAAAAUACUGCAGUAUAAGACUGGAUAAGUGUUUAAGUCGUCGAGAAAGUGUUGUUCUUGAAUAACUUAAGAAAUGGAAGGCAAAGAAGCAGUUUUGUCGGAGUGGGUAUGUGUUAGGAUUAUUGGAUUAUAAUCUGGACAGUAUUAUCCUUGAAACUUUUGUACAAUUGUGUGAAAAGUACAAAAUAUUGUACUUCAGAAACAUUCGUCUUAAAUCCGACAAGUUAUUAAUCAUUCUAUAUAUACUGAAUUUUGCAAUAUUUGUAAACACGAGAGGGUGUAAAUCAGUGCUGUGGCAGAUAUAUUGUUAAUGCUGACGAUGGAGUUAAUUAAUAUUGUCUUUGAUAUAUAGCGAGCAUAUUUUGUUUAAGUUAUGAGCUGUGUGAGUUACGACAGCUGUGUCAAUACCACAGAAAUGCUAAAGUUUGAAUGCUUUAAGAGUUUGUGCAGUCUUCACAUUGUUGAAGUUUGUGUAGCUUUUUGACGAACGAAAAUGUUUAAUUAAUUUUAAAAUCCGCAAAACAGGGCAAACUCGGAAACAUUGUUGUCCGAAAAUUUCGUUGUUUUCCCAAGUGUUUGUCUGUCUGUCUUCCCUACUUGCGAAAACAAAAUAAUCUUCUAUGCGGAAAGUAAAUUUGAUUCACAACAAGUUCAGAAAACAUUUUUCGUUCUCAAAUGUAGUGUUUGUUACAAUACACCGUUUCCUAGUUUGCCCACAUCAAUGGCUUGCCCACGUAACAAUUUAUUUGCAAUUAACACGUAAUAAACGUAAUGGCAAUGAAUUGUUAAUUAAUCUAUUUUUAUGAAAAUACGAUUGUAUGUCUGCUUGAAAACGUAUAUUCAGUUUCAGUUUCAAUUCUUCCUGUAGUACACAAGUAAAAAUGCAUAGGUCUGCAAACAAGUUGUUAUAAAUCUGUUCACAAGCUGUCGACAAGUUGUGUUCGCACUGCUUGUUCCCAGUUGUUGUAAAAUGUUUCGAACAAGCUGUUAACAACUUGUAACAAGCUUGAUGGCAAUAUCAGACUUGUUACAAGGUUGUUCUAUAACAAGUCUGAUACGAAAAACUAGUUUCAUAUUAAUCUGACACUGCAAUCGAGCAACGAAAAACUCGUUGAACUCGCAUCUUCGGGUAUCUAGACCACCGCUCUACCUAUUGAGCUAUCGAGUCAACAGGGAUCGGUAGCGAGUCUUAUCCAAUUUAAACGUACGAAAUAUUUUCGUGACGACUUAACGCUUGUCUUAGAGGACGCGCAGUGUUUCAAUUCUAUUUCAGAACCAUCCUCAGAGAUACGAAGAACUAUAGUUUCAUAUUAAUCUGACACUGCAAUCGAGCAACGAAAAAUUCGUUGAUAAAGUCUGAUACAGUCAUGAUAUAUCAGGAAUGUUACAAGGUUGACGACACAAGGUUGUAACAAUAUUGUUAUAUCAUGACUGUAUCGGACUUGUUGGAACAACCUUGCAACAAGUCUGAUAAUAUCAACAAGGUUGUUACAAGUUGUUAACAGCUUGACUUGUUCCAAACUUGUUGAGCUUAAAUUUUCCUUAUAGACAAAAUCAACAUAUAAAUAUUUGUUCGUCUCUUUAGAAAACCUUCCAAGUAUUCAAAGAGGAAACUCGUCUACAGGAAUUUAAACUGACAAUGAUACGGCAAACGUGCGACACUGCCAUCGGCAUUCCUGGCGAAGACUACCGUAUUGCUAUUCGCAAAUGGGAAGUGAUCAAACGGAAAGUGACUAUUCAUGAACAGAGGUUGACACUAAUGUCUCAGGGAGGCGGGAAUCUUUCAAGACUCUAUUAUUGGUUGAAUGAAGCCGAAGCGUUGUUGGAAAGUUAUGAAGAUGUGCAAGAAAAUGACGGGAUAACUUCUUUGAAGUGUAGAAUGGAACGCCAUAAGGCAUGUUUUGGAAGAAAUUUAUUUUUCACAUAGCAUUACACAGUCGCAAAUUUCUAAUGCUACUAUCGUUAACUUUAGGAUUUUUUUCAAAUCCUGGACGAAAAACGUCACGUGGUUCAAGAACUACGCCAGCAUGGUACGGAUGGUAAUACGAACGUUGGCGAGGGAGUGAUUUGGGAUGUCACGCAGAGGUUUCAAACGGUUGAGAAAAGUUCUCAGACGGCUGCAGACAAGUUGAGCAUGGAAUAUUAUAGAAACAAGGUUGGACAGUGUCUUGAGUUGUGCCAAGAGCAACUUUUGGACGAUAAUCUCAAGUUUACUUCACAAUUGCAAGCUGAGGAUGCGUUCAACCAGCAUUUGGUAAGAUGAGUUAGGGCAAAGGGAGUAAAGGACAAAUCGUGUAUCGUUAAAAUCACUAGGAAGGAGGAGGGAAUAACAUCGAUUUGGUGUAAUGGGGGGGGGGGAUCCGUGCCUUACCUCAGAGCCUCGGCAAAGGACACAUACUGUACCCUAACGUUAAAGCCAAAGGGAGGAUGUACACUUAAACUUUAGAGCCAAGGGGGAAGGCAUACACUAACCUUAGGCUGAGGGUAGGGGGGACAUAGUUUAACUUUAUGCAAUAAGUAGAUGGACAUGCUAAAUUUAUAGCCAACUUUUGAGGUAUGGGAAGGGUUGCAUGCCCAAAUCUUAAGGCCAAGGGGAAGAGGAAUGCCAUAACUUAAAUAACAUGCAAGUAACAACCUAGUGAAGGCCACAGGAAAGUGCUGUACCGUAAUCAAGGCCAUACUCUAACUUUAGAUCAACGGAUAGAACAACUCUAACUUUAAAGCUAUUGAGAAGCUUUUCCUAGGCCACAAAGAAGCGUUAUCUAAUGAAGCUAUACCCUAUCUUUAGACCAGUGGGUAGGGGGCAUGCCUUAACUUUACCGCUAUAGGCAAGGGAGAGCACACUAACUUUAGAAAGAUAGGAAGGGGGGGGGGGAUUGCCUUAACCUAUCCGAUGCCUGUUUAAGUGUACCAUGCAGAGUUAAGUUUUGGAUUCCAGUAAAUUUGGUCACCACUAAAUACGUAUAUAUUCCUUGUUAUUAUAUACUCCGUGUAUAGAAAUUCUUUCACGACAAGAAGUACAUCAAGAAAUUAAGCGCUUACUGCAAGAAACUAAAAGAUGCCGUUGAGAAAUGUCGCGCCGCAAUGUCUGAAGAAGAACAAAACAAUAUCAACCAGUAUUUGCAGAAUGUCUCCAAGCAAUUUGAGGAGAUUCUUCAACGUAUGCAAGCAGAUGAGCAAAAACUGGAACACAUUCAUCGUUGUUGGAGCGAGUACAAUCAUGCGGUAGAGUUAUCGCAGCCAUGGCUGGUCGAAGCUGAAAGACUCUUGAAACAAGGCGAAAUUGAACGAUGCAAGGUAACGGUAUUUUUAACGUAAUUUUUCAAGUCUGACUAUGAAGACUGGACUAGAUUUCAAGUCCAAGGACUGGAUCAAUAUCCAUCACCAAUUAUUAAUGAGUUUGAGAUAAGAGAUUGCCCUUACUGGACCUCUAGGGAGGACAGUAUAAGUAUACAACUGAUAGAGCUUACUCGUAUCAAUACAUUUCAUUUGGUUUAGAUUUCCUCCUGUAAUAUUAACACUGGACCAAUUAGGAUGGCUUGUACUAGAUCUCUGAGAAGAACAGUUUAGAACUGAUAGAGCAAUUCAAUAUAAAUAAAUUAAAUUAGUUUAGUUUAGUUUAGUUUAGAGAUCCUCGUGUAAUAACACUGGACCAAUUGGGGAUGACUCGUACUGGGUCUCUGGGAAGAACAGUUUAGAACUGAUAGAGCAAUUCAAUAUAAAUAAAUUAAAUUAGUUUAGUUUAGUUUAGAGAUCCUCGUGUAAUAACAUUGGGCCAAUUAGGGAUGACUCGUACUGGGUCUCUGCAUGGGAAGAACAGUUUAGAACUUAUAGAGCAAUCCAGUAUAAAUGAAGUUAGUUAUUAGUUAUUAGUUUGGAAUGGUAAAUUAUCCUUUCAUAAACUUAUUUUUAUUUUCAGGACUAUUUUAUGGACCUAGAAGACGCCCAACACGAUGUAACCAAGGCAACGGACGCAAUAAAGUUCCUCAAACGCCAUUCCUGUGGCACAGUGAUUGUAACCCUGGAACAACAAGUUGCGAUGUUGGAUCGACGGUUGCGCAGGGUCACUAGACGUUACACAAGGCUUGUGAAGUCUAAGCACAGGGACCCUAAACUGGAGAAGUAUGAAUGUUGUGUAGAUGAAAUGAUGGAUUGGUUGGACCAAUCAGAAUUAGCCGUGAAUGAUGAGGUUGACAUUGAGAGACUGGAACGACUUCAGCAGCAAGUUUGUACAUGCGAGGUAGGUUGCCCUACACACGUAAAAAUCUCACAACUUGUCAACAAGAUGUGUUCGCAACAGGCUUGUAGCAAUCUUGUCAACAAGUUGUAAUAACGCUGAUAUUUUAUAAAGUUGCUACAAGGUUGUGCUUACAACUUGUUGACAAAUUGUUGAAUUGCAGGACACAACUUGUAAAAACUUGAUGAGUAUUGCAUAUGGAAAUUGUCGAGUGAAAAUUUAUAUACAUUUAUUAGACUUCUCCAGGAACAGAAGCGAAAAAUGCAAAUUUGGGUCCCUGGCCGGAAUUGAACCUGCGGCUCUGCAAGUUUUAUUCAAUCCGUCUAAUUUUCAGAAUGAGGUAGUAAACAUAAAAAGUGUCUGAAAAUGUCUGUAAAAAUGUCGAUCCCAAAAUUUUUCUUUGGACUUGGUUUCCAGAUUCCGAUACUUUUCCCACCUCUGCUGUAGUCAACAAGGCUCUCGUCAACACACCAUUUCCCUUCUAGGCCCUGCUGGAUGAGCUCAACAACCAUGUUGACGGCGUUGAAACCAUUAACGAAGUUGGCAAGACACUCAUGCACGAUAAGAACAUCGCGAGCUCCAUCAAAGGAACCAUUUUAAACGUCAACCGUCGUUUCGACAAACUUAAAACAACUCUACCUCAAAAACACAAAAAGUUAAAACAACUACAACGCCUUGUUCACAAUGUUACGUCUGGUUUGGAUGAGACGGGCACUUGGGCCGAACAAACGGCUAAACUUUUGGAGAAAAAUCUUUUAUUUGAGAAUUUUGAGGAGGUUAAAAAUUUGCAUGUGCAAUAUGAAACACAAAUGGUUGAUUAUAAGAAACACGCGGAUAAAAUGAAAGCGAAGAAUAAUACGUGUUCGCAGAUUGAGAAUAUUCUUGGGGAGGAAGGACUACAGAGUUAUAAGGAAGAGAUAGGGAGGAUUAAUGAAAGAUGGAAAGUUGUCCAAGAACAUGCGGAAACACAGCACGCAAAAGUUGGUCAUGUGUAUGUCACGUGGGAAAGAUUCGAGAACGCGCUGGUGAGGUUGAGAGGCAUUUCACAGUCAAGUAAUGAGGUAUGGUUGACUUGUACUUGCCUUAUAGUGGCUCAAUUUCCUUUUUCACAACUACAAUUUAAAUACAGCGAUUUCUUAAUCUUAAACCACAUGCGUAAAAAUCUCGCAUCUUGUAGCAAGUCUUGCUAACAAGCCGUCAAUAAGUUGUGUUCGCACUGCUUGUCGAUAACCUUGUUGAUAUUAUCAGACUUGUUGCAAGGUUGUUGCAACAAGUCCGAUACAGUCGCGAUAUAACAAAAUUGUUACAACCUUGUGUCAUCAACCUUGUAACAUUCUUGUUAUAUCAUGAUUGUACCAGACUUGUUAGGACAACCUUGUAACAAGUCUGAUAAUGCCAUCAAGCUUGUUACAUGUUGUUAACAGCUUGUUCCAAACUUGUUCUGGGAACAAGCUGUGCGAACACAACUUGUCGACAACUUGUGAACAGAUUUGUAACAGCUUGUUUGCAGACCUGUAACAAUUUGUGCACAAGUUGUAACGAACCUGCAGCGGACUUGUAGCAAUCCUGUUCCAACAACUUGUCAACAGGAUGCGUUCGCACUGCUUGUUCCCAGCUUGUUGUCAACGGCGUGUUGAGAACUUCAAUCUUGGCCAUAAAGCGUAGGACGAUGAUGCAUUUUUGGGCAUUUUCAAGCCUCCCCCCUUUCCCCCCAUUCAAUGUUGCCGUUUCGUCUACUUUAUGGUCGGACAUAUUGUACAGAUAAAAUUCUACAUGUACUUGAAUUGCGGGAAACCAACAUUGAAUGGGGGGAGCGGGGGGAGGUGCAAUAUGAUUUUAAAACCCACGUAUAUUAAAAAGUUGCGAAUUUGUUUGGUCGUUCUACGAACUUUUGGCCAAGAUUGUUGCUACAAGGUUGUUGAGCUCAACAGAUUUGUUACAAGCUGUUCCAAAAAUUGUUAUCGUCCUGCAAUUCAAAAAUUUGUCAAGAAGUUGUGAGUGACAACCUUGCAGCUACUUGAUAAAGUAACAGCAUUGUUACAACUUGUUGGCAAGCUUGCUACAAGCCUGUUGCGAACACAUCUUGUUGACAAGUUGUGAGAUUUUUACGUGUAUAACUCUCAACUUGCUGCAAAGUUGAAAACACAUCAGACCGGUUACAAGUCGUUCCAUGCAGCUCAACAACUUGUAAACAAGUUUAUAUAUUCUUUUCUCUAGGAUGAAAGUUGUCUCACGGAAGGGGAAAGUCUUUGCAAAGAAAUAUUACAAUCUAAGGAAGAGCUUUGCUCAAUUGUUGGGAGCGAAUUUGGCGCGAAAAGCGUGGAGGGUAACGCGGUUUGCGCUAUAGAGGAGUGGAAACGAGUCAGUGUCAGUCAGAAAGUACAGAAACUUGACAAAGAAACGGAAAAUAUCCGAGACCAUGUUCUCAAGGCGUUUAAGACGGCAUGCUUUGAUUUUGUAUCCCAGCUGGGGAGUCUAGAUGAAAAUGUUGAUCUGGACGGGAUAUAUGAGGUAUUGUGCAUAUUUAUUGUGGGAUUCACAGAUGGCGGUCAAAUAGCAGUUAGCCACUAUUCUUCCCGUGGUCCUGCACGCGGGCUAAAUAUCAGUUUUCACAGCAAUCAAAUACUUUUGUUUCAUUAUAUGUAGUGGUCUUGCAUUUGGAGGCAAAUAGAUAAAAAAAACUAGAGAUAUAGAGUCUUCAGUCUUGGAAACAAUAAAAGAUGCUUACUCCCCUCCCCCUUACCUUAUUGAAAUUCAUCAGUUGUUUAAGACCAAUUUUUCAUUUUUCAAGCUGUGGUGAAAUGUUUGUCUAGACAAGUCUAGAUCAAAAUUUUGUUCAUUAGGGAAUAGGUCCAUUCGUGAAUGGCAACUCUCAUCAAUUCUCGUUCUCCUGUUACUCUAUUUUCUAGAGGACGUUAGCCACUGUUUGUUGUCAAGCAAGAAUUGAUGAAUUCGACACUCAUAUGAACGAAGAAAACGAAAAUGAAAUAAAAGACGAAGUGAAAGAGUACUAUGAGCAGACGAGAACAAAAUGGCAAACUGUCAAGGAACAACUGCUCGGAGAAAAAGCAAAUUACGCAAAAUUGAGAGAGGAUCUCGUGGGGUAUAUUGAGAAAGAGAGUGAUCUUAAUGGGUGGAUAGGGAAAGCAGAGGACGUUUGUGAACAUAUCAAGGAUAUUGAGCAGGAUGGGAAUACUGAAGAAGUAUUUGAGGCGUUUGAGGUUGGUAUAGUGGUUUGUGCAUGCACCAUUCACGUGGAGUUCAAUUCCUGCAGUUGUCUGAUUGUAUUUUUACCUCAGUUACAUAUGAGGUUCCAAUUUUAUUCCAAAUUUUCACCUCGUAACCCCUUUCUUUCUGCAAAAAUACUGGAGCAAUGAAAGAUGGCCUUUACUCGACCUCUAUGGAGAGCAGUUCAGAACUGACAGACCUCUACAGUAUAAAAAAAUACUGUAGCUUAGAUGUUAUUCAGUAGUAACACUGGACUAAUUUGGGAUGAUCUUUUAUUGCACCCAUAGGGAGGAUAGUAUAAAACUGAUAGAGCUAUCGAGCAUAAAUAAAUAAUUUGUUCAAGAUAUUUUUUGUUUCCCUUUUAGACUGUAUCUCAAGAAUUGGAAAAUAAAACAACAAUACUUGAAGAGAUUGCAUGUCACAAAUCCGAAAUCUUGGCAAUUGUAGAAAUUCCGUUCCUAACAGAUCGAUACCAAGCUUUGACAGAACGAACAUUAAGCACAAAAAACAAGUUUGAAGCAACCAAGAAACGGCUGCCGGUGCUAAAACAAUAUUUCAUCCAUCGAGACACAAGCAAAGGACUUGUUGAAUGGCUGACUGAAAUGAACGCCUUGUUUCAAGAACCCUUCAAUGUAGACAGCCUUGAAAAUCUUGAACGUGAAAUAGAAGCCCAUAGUGCAACGAAAGUAGCUUUACAGGACCGUUCAAAAGCUUUAGAAGGGACUGUAGCAAAUGCUAAAGCUUUAGAAGAAGCAGGGACACUUUCUGAAACAGAUAUGAAAGGUAUACGUACGUACUUACAGAAUUUAUUUAAACACGGUAGAAUUAUCAGUAAAUAUGUUAAUUUUUCUGUGUUGGUGUAAUGUACUCAGGUGAAUAUGAUGCUUGUGAUGUUACUCUGAGUGUGUAUCCACACCGGGCAAGCUUGAAAAAUGUGCCUGGCCACGGUGGGAAUCGAACCUACGACCUUUGGAACACCAGCCCAAUGCUCUGCCAACUGAGCUACGCGGUCAGGUUGGUUCGAGUAUGUGAUAUUUUGGAACUGAGUCAGUUGGCAGAGCACAGGGCCGGUGUUCCAAAGGUCGUAGGUUCGAUUCCCACCGUGGCCAGGCACAUUUUUCAAGCUUACCCGGUGUGGAUACACAGUCAGAGUAACAUCACAAGCAUCAGUAAAUAUGUUGUACAAUAAGAUUUGUCAUGACACUAAUAAUUUAUGAGAAAUAUAGAAAAUCAUGACCAUGAAGGAGCUUAUAUCUCUGAUACAAAAUCAUGCUGAUUUACAUAAAGUUUAAGUGAAUUUUUCUCACCAAAUAUCCUUCGUAUCUUGCCUUGGACUCGUGUUUGUAUAUCUUAUACAACACGGCUGUUCGUGCUGCGCGUAUUAUCAGCAAUAGCCUUUGUUUUUGUAGGUAGCGUCAUGGAAGAUAUGUGGAACAGCGUUCAAGAGUCGCUCUCAAAAAGGACACAAGAGCUUGAAGAAUGUGUUUGUUUGUGGACUUCGUAUGAAGAAAACAUGCUUCAUGUUAUGAGCUGUUUAACGAAGGGAGAAAUGCUACUGGCUGAAGUGAAGUCGAGUCAAGGAAAUACGAAAGAUGUUUUAGAGAAUUUACUUGAGCAGGUUGAGGUUAGCAUGAAGUAGCAACUUUUUCAUUAUAGUUUUGCUUUAGUUGCAAAUACGAAGAGCACUUCCAGUUUGACUCUACCAAACACCACUGGUUCAUUCCAACCAUGCUAUAGGUUUCCUUCUAUAGCAAGAAUAAACCAGUACCAGGUGGCUUUUAUUGGACGUCUGGGAGGAGCAUUUUAGAUUUGAUGGAGUUCUUCAAUAUAAAUAAAGUUUGUUUAAUGUAGGUUUUCUCCUGUAGUAAUACUGGACAAUGAAUGAUAGCCCUUUCUGGAUGCCUAGGAAGAACAGUUCAGGACUGAUAGAGCUAUCCAGUCGUCUAAAUAAUGUUAGUUUAGUUUCGUUUAGUAUUUUUGAGGAAUUUUAACAGUUUGUAUAAUAUUAGAAAUUUGUAAGAUACUUGUUAACAGUUUCCUUUUAUACAUUUAUAACUAGACAGAGAAAACCAAACUGCGAAACACAGACGAAGUGUUAAAAAACAUGGCGACGACAGCGGAGAAACUUGAACUAAAAGCAAGUUCGUCUGGAGCUGCUGCUAUCGAAACGAAAUUAAACGACACGACACGUCUGCACAGCUUUCUCCUUGAAGAAAUGGAAAAUUACUCGGACUUCUUAAAAGAUAAAAUUGAGAAAUGGGACACAAUACGUACACGAAUACAGGAUUUGACAUCAUGGAUGGACAGUAUUGAGGAAAAACUGGAAAUGUUGAAAGCAAACGAAAAUCUGGAUGGACACUGCUUGAGUGAUAUAAAGG